AUGUAAAAUAACCACUGGUCAACAUGUCAUGUAAUUUUGAAAAAAAAAAAACUUAUCAAUUCAAAUGUAAAAUGUAAUUCAACAAGUUCUACCCCUACGACAUGAGCAUGCAUGCUAGCUACUUCUGGUUUGGAAACUCUGAUACUUGUAAUUCAGCGGAGAAUCUCUGAGAGUACUCUUGCUUCUCUCUCCCUCACACACACACAAUGAAAGGCAAGUGCACAAGCUCAUCAUCCACCAUAACAUUCAUAAACACUGUAGCUUUCCUCUCCCUCCUCUCCUUCUCUCUCUUCUUUCUCUCCAAACAUUUCUCUGCACGCACCACAUCCCCAGCUGAGCAGCUUUACUUCUUCAACUCCACCCACACAAACACCGCUCCCUCGCCCUCCGCGGCGGGGCCGGUGUUGGAGAGCACAGGGAUCAUAAAUGAGUUCGGAAUCAUGACCUCUGAUUUCAUGGUUGGAAAUUUUGACGAGGGGCUGUUACAGAGUGUGGCGGCGAUCAGUAACGGUGAGAAGGUUAAGAGAGAGAAUGAUGAAGGAGAGGUGAUUAGAGUUGAGAGAUUUAGAGUUUGUGAUGUGAAUAUGAGUGAUUUUGUUCCUUCUGUUUCUAAAGGAUUAGACUGUUUGGUGCCGAGGCCUAAAGGGUACAAGCUUCCCAUGCCAUGGCCGGAAAGCAGGGAUCAGGUGUGGUUUGAUAACAUACAUUAUACGCCUGAAGAUAAUGAAGGCAGAAAUAGGGUGUCAAAGAAAGAUGAUAAGCUUAUGUUUUCAGGAGAUGGGCCUAAAUCAGAUCAAAACUUGGAUCAGAUGGUUCCUGAGAUUGCAUUUGGCCAACGCACACGAGUUGUUCUAGACGUUAUUGGUUCCGGGAUUGCAAAUUUUGGUGCCUACUUGAUGGAGAGGAAUGUGACAACUCUUUUAAUAGCUGGGAAAGAUCAUGCAAAGCAGGUUCAGCUUGCCCUCGAGAGGGGCAUACCUGCUAUGGUGACUACAUUUGGAACCCGUCGUUUGCCUUUCCCAAGCCAAGCAUUCGACUUGAUUCGUUGCUCUAGAUGUGGAAUGAACUGGGCUCUUGAUGAUGGCGUUUUGCUUCUUGAGGCAAAUCGGUUUCUUAGAGGUGGAGGAUACUUCGUUUGGGAAGCAGAGGCGAUUUAUAAGUACGAAGGAAAACUAGGAGAGCAAUGGAGAGAAAUGGAAGAUCUUACUAGAAACCUUUGCUGGGAACUAGUAACUAAGGAAGGCUACAUUGCUAUUUGGCAGAAGCCUCUAAAUAAUAGCUGCUAUCUCGACCGUGAUCCAAAUGUGCAGCCUUCACUUUGUGACAACCAUGACAAUCCAGAUGAUUUAUGGCAUGUGAAUACGAAGAAAUGCAUAGCGCGUCUACCUGAGAAUGGUAACGGGGCUAAUGUUACCAAGUGGCCUGCACGCCUCCAUAGUCUACCGGGCAGGCUCUUUAGCAUAAAAACGGAUUCUGGUGUAUCUAGGAAGCAGCUAUACAGAGCAGAUUCCAUAUACUGCAAUGCCAUUGUAGAUGGAUAUGUUUCUGUUUUCAAGAUAAAUGAGGCGAAGAUACGCAAUGUGAUGGACAUGAGAGCUGGAUAUGGCUGGUUUGCAGCAGCUUUGCUUGAAUCCGGGGCUAAUAGUUGGGUUAUGAAUGUUGUUCCGGUGAGUGGUCCGAAUACACUGCCUGUGAUAUAUGACCGUGGCCUUAUAGGAGUGAUGCACGAUUGGUGUGAGCCAUUCGACACUUAUCCUAGAACGUAUGAUCUGUUGAAUGCUGCAGGCCUUUUCUCUGUAGAACAGAGAAGAUGUAAUGUGAGAAGCAUUAUGGUGGAGAUGGAUCGAAUCCUGAGACCAGAAGGGCGUGUUUACAUACGUGACACGACUGCUGUGAUCUAUGAGCUUCGAGAGAUUGCAGAGACAAUGGGAUGGAUGGCACACAUGUUCGACACAGAAGAGGGUCCUUAUUCGGAUUGGAAGCUUUUGAUCUGCACCAAACCAGUGUAAGAUGCUCGUAUGCAUAGUGACUUAGUCUUGGAAGAUGCAUGGGAGAUGAGAAUCAGAAGCACACAAAUACUUUGUAUGUUUCUUUCAAGAAGAUCAUCACAUGCUUCAUUUGGGAUUCUUCAAUAAUGUUGUACCAACUAUCAAACAUUCUUCUUCUUCUCUCUCUCUCUUGUAGCACAAAACAUUGAGUUUUCUUACCAAGUAUUGAAAGAGUUAUAGAAAUAUUAGUUCAGCA